AUGUUUCGCAGGCCAGUACCCGCGGGCAUCUUCCACUGGAGUGACUAUGGUCUCUGGACGACUUGCACGGCUUCAUGUGGGACAGGAGUCGAGGGUAGACGACGGGUUUGCCUCGAUGAAAGGAGUAACGAGGUAGCCCCUGAAAACUGUGCUGGUUAUCAAAAAGAGUAUAGACUUUGUAGAAUACAGAAUUGUCCUAAUUCGUUUGAUUUAGGAUAUCGUGCUGCUCGGUGUCAGGAGAUUGCUCCUCCUGGUGAAAGAUGGAAGGCUUACUAUCCGUCAGAAAGGGAUGGUCACAGCCCAUGUAUUCUUGCCUGCUACAACGAACAUAACCAAGGGGAGGUACGAGUCGUAGAACAUGGGGUGCCAUCGGGGACUAGGUGUGCCAGGUUCAGGAAUGGGGUUCCAGAGACGGGGGUCUGCAUCGACGGGACAUGCUGGAGCGUUGGAUGUGAUGGGUACUUGAACUCAACUAGGUAUCCAGACCGAUGCGGUGUAUGCGGCGGCGACGGGAGCUCGUGUACCUUGGUCUUCAGUGAAAUCAUCUCUGAGAAUCUACAAGUAGGCUACACUGAUUUAAUAGAAGUUCCAGUCGGUGCAACAAAUAUAAAGAUAUCCGAGAUUCGUAGUGUGAGGACUUAUUUAGCACUGAGAAAUUUCAAUGGUGAAUACUUGCUCAAUGGCAACUUCAGGAUAGAAACUGAGUUUUCAAAAUAUCUCCAGGCAGCUAGUUCUGGAAUACGCUACCAAAGAAGAAAUAUAUUCAAUGGCUUACAUUGGGAAGAAAGAGAAAUUAUCACUGCCAGGGGACCACUUAAUGAAACUCUUCAUUUACAGAUCUUCAACUUAAAAGAUGGUUCGUCAAACACCUUACAAUAUGAAUACGUUAUUCCUAUUGAGACAUCAACGCAAACACCCUCGUCUGAAAACUCUUCGCAGCCUCAUCAACGUCUAACAAACUCAACAACUAGUAUACCAAGGCACUUUGAAGCUGUAGAGUCGCUCCUAGAAACAGAAAAUAUAAAUCCUCCUUUGUAUCCUGUAAAUAUGAGUGAAAUAAAUGUAGAUGAUCCAUUGCUAUCAAAAGAGAGCUCUACAGCUAACAUUGAUGUCGUUAAUAGGACAAACAUAGACUUGAUCGAUGAGGAUAUUGGUAUUAAUGUUCGUGUAAAUGACACUACUGUGGGAAGGAAUUCAAGAACUCAAAGACCUCUAAUUCCAAUUCAACAAUCUGAAGGAGGAUUGGAGGAAUAUACACAUAGUACUGACAAAACACAUUCCAUUGGCCGUGAAGCUCAAACGAAUAGUACAUAUAACACCACGCUUGUGCGUGAUGAUGUGCGUACACAAAACACUACACGGGAUAUCAGCUUCCGAGCUCCGAUACGCCAUGUGGAAGGUCCUGUGGUUGGCCCGUGGGGUGAGGGACCGGAGGGGAUAGAUCCGGAAUGGCCCAGAGGUUGGCCAGAGAUAGCCUCACUGGAAGGGGCCGCUGAUAGAGGCCAAAUUGUCCUUGAGACGGACGGUGUUCAAACAGGCAACACUUGGCCCAAGAAUGAUGGAGUAAGGCAAGAUGGAGAGGGGCAACCAUACGGACCGCCCUAUAGAACAGAGGACUCUCCUUCACACCCUGCACACCCUUCCCAGGAGUCAAUUACUCCAGAGAUGGUUACAGUCGACCUCCAGACCGAAGAAUAUAGGCAUGCUGGUGACGUGGUCAUUGACGUGAUCAUCGACCAGCCCAUCGUCAAGCAGCAUGAGGGUGACAACAAACUCGGUUUCGAAUCUCAAGUCCCGGAAGAUCUUGACAUGUCAGAAUCUGAUUACGAUGAUUUCUUAUCUUCCGACAUCGAGAAUGGAUUGGGAUAUUCAACGAGAGCAUCGUCGACGAGGAGGUACACCACGACGACAGCACCAUCUACGACCAAUAUGAAGACAGAGAUCCAGACAACCUACGAGAUGGCCACGUUCCUCACUUCUGAUGCCAUUACAUCAAACCCCCCAACAACAACCACCACUGAGCCAAUGACUACGAUAGCUAUCACUACCCAACCCCCACCAAAAUUCUUUUGGCGAUUCACAGCAAAGAUGCCAUGUAGUGCAACUUGUGGCAGAGGCAUUAUUCGGGACUAUGCUUACUGUGUCGAUGGUGAUGAGGAGCAAGUGGACGAUACGAAAUGUGAUAUCGAUACCAAACCUGACGUCAUCGCCAAAGAGUGCACGGGAAAACCAUGCGAGCCCAGAUGGGAGGCUGGAAGUUGGAGCAAUUGCCUCGGAGACUGUGACUCCAGCUUCCGGUUUCGUACGGUCCAUUGCUGGCUCAUGAUGGGGCAGGGUCUUGAUUCUUCAGUCCCCAACGAAAGAUGUAACCAAACCACUAAACCACACAUUAAUAUGCCUUGUGAUGAAAAUGACUGUGGUCCACAGUGGAUUGUUUCUGAAUGGUCUCGGUGUUCUGAGACCUGUGGAGAAGGUCAGGAAACCCGUCGGGUGUCAUGCUCAGAAGGAAACAGAUGUGAUUCAGCAAAACGACCAGAGUCUCGAAGAUCAUGUACCACUACUCCAUGCGUCUGGGCUACUACAUCAUGGAGCCCGUGCUCAGGUACAUGUGACGUUCAAUCUCGCCGUGUGUUCUGCGUCGCAGAGGCCACCAACACCCGUGUACAGGACCGAUCCUGUGAGGGUGUCGAAAAACCUCUCUCCAUACAGAUCUGUGGUGGACGUCCCUGCCCAGCAAAGUGGGUACCCCAAACUUGGGGGCAGUGCCAGGGUGACUGUCAGAGUUCAUUCCAUAGACGAGCCGUUGUGUGUCAGGGUAUCAGUCGCUCUGGCCAGCUCAUCAUUUACCCCGAUACAUCCUGUUCGCUGAACCCUCCUGUCAAGAGGUUGCGAUGCGUUAUGCCCAACUGUCAGCAGCAGCGAAGAAGCGCGGCGGACUGGAUGACGUCGGCCUGGAAACCAUGCUCUGUCACAUGCGGUAAAGGGAUGCAAACUCGGGAGGUCAGAUGUCUUAUCGGAGGACGGCUCAGUGAUCAGUGCGAAGCGAGCUUGAGGCCGAAUUCAAGUCGGGAAUGUUUCAAACCAGCUUGUCAUUCACCUAUAGAGUCCAGAAAUGCAGCUAAUUCCCGGGAGAAUAAUUGCCAUGACAGCAAGAGUGCCGACUGUGAUCUCAUCGUUCAGGCGAAUCUCUGUCGGUUUCCACGAUAUAGCAAGCAGUGUUGCAGGUCAUGUCGGAAUGUCGCCGGACGAUCAGGGUCUCGUAGUCGAAAAUGACCUCAACACCGGCAUCAUCGUCGUGAUCGCUGACAGUCUGAUUGAACAUUUCAUUGACUUGUUGAACGGCAGUUAACCUUGAUAGUAUUGGAUUCAGAAGUCAAAAAACUUUAUUGUUGUUUGAAUAUCAAUUAUAUAAGGUGAAUCAAUCAGUCAGGACAUUUUGAACAAUCUCACCAAAGAGUUGAAGCGCCUUAGAAGACUUCCAGCUGUCAUACUUGUACCUAAUUGUAUUAAAAAUGCAAGCUACCUGGACAAGGAUUACCAAGAAGUUUACAACAGGGUUGCAUGUACCAUUUCUUGCCAUUUUCAUACCCCUAAUUGAAGAAUUGUACCUUUUGAUAACAAUUUAAUUUGGAGGUUUUUUCCAUAGAACGUGCCUUGGCAACAUACAUUACUUGAUACACCGUAAUAUUUAAGCAAACAUUAUCUUUUGACAGUUUGGCUACUCUGGAAGAAAAACCUCCAGGACAAAUGACACCGUGAACUUUGAUAUAAUGAAACAUUUUGUGAAGGAUAUUCCUUUAAGAAUUACCUUCACCGGAUUCAAGUAGUAUUGACUUAUCCAUUCUUGAGCUGUUAUUAUUAUCAUAAUAAUUUCAAUAUAACAAUAAAAAUACUUUGGUAAACAAAGACUAAAAAAGGCCUACGAAUUAUAAGUGACUGGGCAUGAAAUAGCGUCAGGAAUUCUCUUUUGUGCUUUCUGGAGAGUCUUUAGGAAUAAAAACAUACCCAAAAAGAAAAUGUUAUCUAAAUAAGAUCAGUACUCAUCUAUAAGUGGCAUUACUUUGACCAAUCGAUGUGAUUUAUUUUGUUUACAAAGAGACAUUGUUCAUAUUCCUAAAUGAAAGAUUAUGACUUAUGAAGUAUUAUUAGAAUCGCUGGGUCCAUUUUCAUAAAGACUUAUUGUAAUAACAAAUACAGAGUUUCUAUAACAAGUUUACUAUCAGCCAAUCAAAUCAAAUGAUUUUAGAAGCUUUAGACUGUUAUUGCAAAUUAGUUAUAACAUGUUUUAUAAAAUGGGUCUCGGGCCUUGGUUAAGUCAAAUCAGUGAAUGAGCAAGCCAUUAUAUAUUGCUGCGAUUCAUAUCCAACCUUUUCUCAAGCAUUUCUUGCCAUUCCUCUCUUGCCAUUUCCUUACUGAAUUGACAGUAUCCCAUGUGAGUGUAUAAUGUCAUGUCAAAGUGAGAAUCUGGUUCACAGUCUUGUAAGAAUAGAAUUCCAAUCCAAACCCACUCAAAGGUUUAUUUGUACAUAACACAACUAAUAUUGUAUUUGUUUCAGUGCUUUGAUUGAAAUGUAAUUUUUGUUUCUUUUUAUAUGCUUCCAAUUUACAACAAAAUAUAUCUAUUCCCUCAAUCAACCAUGAUCAAUCAUUUUAGCUAAGCAAGGAAGUUUGUUUUCCUUUUAUAUUUGUUUUUUUAAUUUUAUAUUAAAGGGGCUCAAUAAUCCCCUUUAAUGUAGCCCCUGCCGGGGGCUACAUAUUGUCAAAAGAGAACUGAGCUCCAAGGGCCUAUAGCAUACGAUGAAUCUUCCGUCAUAGGUCCCAUGUGUGUUGAUAUCGCAUUGGAUCCUUUCCUAACACACUGAACUGUGAAUGAUUGUCAAAGAAUAUGAUAGUUUCCUUUUUGAACCUUUACUUUAAAAAAAAAACAUUAUAAACAUUGUUUUUGUGGAAAAUAUUGUGGUUUGAAGUUGGAAAGAGUAGCGGAAAGGUAUUUAUCAUUCCAGUGGGUAUAUAUUAUCAGACUAGAAGAUCAAACUGUGGCAGCCUGAGUAAGGAUCCAUAGACUAUAUGAUUAUUUCAGGUAAUAUGCCUGUAGGCCUACUGUUCAAAGUGAAUGUGGUAUGUCAUUGGCUUUCACUGCCUAUAUCUUUACAACAGAUGGCGCUAUUUUAUUGUCCAUUUAUUUCUGAAUUAUCUUGCUUACUCUGGGAAGAACGCGAGAUUUUGAAUUUCAUGAGAGACAAAUAAAAAGAACAGAAUCGAUUCUUUUAUAGCCAGGUGAUGGGAUUGAGUUCAAUCAUGUUAUACUCUACAAUGAUUGCGAACAAAUACCUUGUAUUUAAAUAUGUAAGCUAUGUUAAGUACUUUAUAACGUGGCUGCUGUUUCGAAAGUGAAUUUCAUCAAAAAAGACAGUGGAUAUAUAAUUUUGUGUGUGCUGCAUAUUGCAUUUACAUAAUGUCUUUAUUUAGAUUAUAAAAAGCUAGAAUCAGUAUUUUAAUGCUUAAGAUACUUAAAAAUUAUUAUAUUUUCAUUGUAGAAUAUUAUAUAUGUCCAUGUCCUUGUUUUAAUGAUCCAUUUUAGUGCACAAUAAUUUGAUACAAGACUUUAUUGUUCUUAUCCAAUCUAUCUAUUGUGUGGAUUACAAGAUAGAGUAGAACAUAACAAAAAAAAUUCUUAAAUAUUGUACUUUGAUUUUGACCAGUACUUCCAAUAUCUUAUCUAUUUUUUCAUUAACAAUUCAAAUUUGUUAAGAUUGUAUUCUUUUAACUUGUUAAUAGGGCAAAGCAAAACAUUUUUGGGGAGGAAGUUUUGUUGGUGAAAUAUUUUCUCAUUGUCAUUAAAGAUCUGUUGAGAAUGUCACGAAAAUAAGGUUACAUGAUUAAUAGAGAUUAUACAUGUAAUUGGAGCAUUUUAUCUCUCCCUGUUUUUCAAUUUGUCCCAUGCAGGAGAUUCCAUUUCUUUCUCUUCCUCUUCUCCUACCCUCUUCCUCAUCCUCCUCUAACCCCUCCUUCUUCAUCAGUCUCUCUUAUCCUCUUUCUCCUCAUCCUCCCCCCUUCUUCCUCCUCCCCCUUCUUCUGUCUCAUCCUCUUUCUCCUCAUUUUCUUCUCCUUCACCUUCUCCUCCUCCUUCCCCUCCUCUAACCCCCUUCUGUCGCUUAUCAUUUUUUUCCUCCUUUUCUUCUCAUCCUCUAACCCCUUCUUUUUCUGUCUCUUAUCCUUUUUCUCCUCUUUCACUUUCUCCUUGUUGCCCUCCUUUAACCCCCUUCUUCUGUCACUUAUACUCUUUCUUCUCCUUUCCUUCUCCAUCUCUAGCCCCCUUUCUGUCUUUUUUCUAUCUCUAUCCUCUUCCUUUUUCUUCUCCUCCCCCUUCUUUUUCUGUCUCUUAUCAUCUUUCUCCUCUUCCUUCUUCUCCUCGCCUCCUCCUCUAACCCCCUUCUUCUGUCUCUUAUCCCCUUUCUCCUCUUCUUUUCUUCUCCUCCUCCCCUCUUCCUCCUCCUCCUCUAAUCCCCUUCUUCUGUCUCUUAUCCCUUUCUCUUCUCUUUUCAUCUACUUGUCCUCCUCCCCUCUUCUUCCUCUUACCCCCUUCUAAUCUGUCUCUUAUCCUCAUAUAUAUUUUUCUUUCACUACUUCUUCAUCACCUCUCUUUCUCUUGUCCAAUACCAUCUAUCUAUUUCGUAAUUUAAACAAACUACUUCCAGGAAAGCUUGGGACAUAUUUCUGAUUAAUUCCAAUCUUUGUCACGUUCGUGUUUUAAUCACCUUUUCUCCAAUUAGAAUACAAUAAUCUGAGCUAUUAUACAGGCAAGUGAGAAAAUUACAAUUAAUAUAUUAAGACACAAAAGAAGUGAUGAACUGAGUUAUACAAAAUAAAACCACCAUGUCUAUUGCAGUUUAGAACUAAGUAA